CCAGCACCACGUUUCUAAACUGACCGAAUUCUGGGCAUCAGAUGGCAAGGUGUUUUUGAUUCGACUAUAGAAUUGUGUUUACAACUGUGUUUACUCACAGAGUAGUUCUAACCAUUAUAACGAAAAAUGGUUUUAGUGUCUUAUAUUGAUAUUUUGGAUUACAUACACGAUGACAGGCAAUGUCUCAUCGAGGGGGAGAACCUGUUCAAUGGAAAUAAAGUUAAAAAUGUCAAAAUAUCCUGCAGAGCAAUCGACGAUGUAUUUGAAGUUAGUGCUUUAUGUGUCUGCAGCAAUGAAUCAAACUUAAAAGACUCCUUUAUAUCUAUAGAAAUUAAUCAAGGUGACCAAAAAAGUAUAUCCUCAAAAUGUACUUGUGAAUCUGACAGACUCAGCAAGUGCCAGCAUGUUGCAGCCGCCCUAAUUCAUUUACACAGGCACCCUCCUCCUCAGCCUCCAAAUGUCCCUAAUAAAGAAUCACCUGGACAACUAUCACCCGAAAAUCAUUUGAAUGGAGGUAUCGCAAAACAACCUGGUAAAGAUACAGAGCACAAUUUUCAGCGCAGACUGAGGAAGAAAUGCAGAGCAACUUCUAUCGCUAACUCUAUAAAAGCAGAUGACUCGAGAACUGUGAACACCAAACACCUGCAUAUUGAUAAUGAAUCAAGUGUUGAUGAUCCAACAUGGGACAAAGAAAAUGAUGAAGAUGAUGCAUUUGACUGGGCACAGUCGUCUGAAGAUGAAUGGGAACCUGCUCCUGAAAAGAAGCGUGUUAAAAAAGAAAUGAAGUUGCUUCCGGACAAGGGCUCGAAAGAAAAGACCAAAAAAACAAGGAAUCGAAUGACUAAAUCAGAAGCAGAAAAGAAGGCCAAAGAACUCUUAUCUACACUGCAGCUAACAGGAGAAGAUGGACAGUUCUUAUGCCAUAUUUGUGACAAGACAUUCCCUAAACAAAGUGAACUUCAAGACCAUAUAAGAGAUAUUCAUCUAUUAAAGAAGGAAGUUUUUUCUUGUUGUAAGUGUGAUAAAACAUUCAGAUUACUAAGAACUCUUAAAGCACAUGAAGGAACUUGUGAUGUGAAUUCUGAAGAGGAUGGAGACCUAUUUCCUUCCGAGGAAACUCAGGAAAUAGAAAUAGUCGAAAAUGACCUGGAAUUCGAUGAAAAGAUGGACCCCCUCCAAUGUUUGCUCUGCGAUGUGGUAUCGGCGACUCGCCGUGAAAUGCAUGAUCAUUAUCUGGUUGCCCAUCGUGCAGAAGAGGACAAUGUUUCAGUUUGUGACCGUUGUGGUGAAUUUCGCCUCGCCAGGGACCACAUCUGCCCCUCUCAGUUGUCGUUCCGCUGCCACAUGUGCCGCGGCCCGUUCAAGGCCGGGCGUGACUACUGGAACCAUUUGAUUCGCGCCUCCAAGAAGCACACGUCCUCGUGCUCGCCGUCCCCGCGCUGGUGGUGCGGCUGGGCGCGCUGCGCCGAGCGCUUCCCCUCCGAGGCCGAGCUGCUGGCGCACGCGCGGCUGCACCUCCCCGCGCGCGUGCAGCUCAUGUGCGGCGUGUGCCUGCUCGUGCUGCGCACCACGGACGCCAAGGUCGCGCACAUGGAGAGGCACGACGCGGGCGUCUACGAGUGCGGGGUCUGCCGGCACGCCUGCGACGACAAGGAGUCCCUCCGGCUGCACUGGGAGACGCACGCCGGGGAGCGGCCGCACCGGUGCGACUUCUGCGGCUGGCGCUUCGUCACCGCCACGGCGCUCGAGGUGCACGUGCGCAAGUUCCACGAGGGCGGCCCCUUCUCCUGCGCCAAGUGCCCGCAGAAGUUCGACGACCGGACCGACGUGCGGAUCCACUUCGGUGCGGCGCACGGCAAGAUGCGCUGCGCGCGUCCGGGCUGUUCGUACCGCUGCGCCAACAAGGCGUCGCUGGAGCGCCACGUGGUGCGCGCGCACCAGCCCGACGGCGAGGGCGGCGACGGCGACGACCCGGAGGAUUCUGCGCCGCCCUCGCCGCCGCCGCCGCGCGCCGGGGCCGGCCCCGCCACCAUCACCUGCCCCACCUGCAGUGAGGUCUUCUCGCUGAAGCGCGAGUUCCGCGCGCACGUGCGGGACGCGCACGAUGGCGUAUUCCCGGCCGUCACCUGCCCGGACUGCGGCAAGCCGUUCAAGUCCUCGCGCGACCUGGACGAGCACCGCCGCCUGCACACGGGCGAGAAGCCCUUCAUCUGCGCCGAGUGCGGCAUGACCUUCAAGCGGGCGCAGAACCUCGAGUACCACACCAAGGGCGCGCACAAGAACGAGCGCAACUUUGUGUGCCCGGAGUGCAACAAGCGCUUCAUCUCCAACGCCGACAUGAAGCGCCACCUGCGCUACAACCACCAGGACGGCAAGAAGUGGCACCUGUGCCCCGAGUGCGGCCACAAGCUGCCCAGCCUGUACCGGCUCAAGAUGCACGUGCAGUCCAAGCACACGGGCGAACGGCCGCACAAGUGCCACCUCUGCGACAUGGGGUUCGUGGCCGUCUCGGACCUCAAGAAGCACGUCACGUUCAAGCACAACAAGGAGCACCCGUUCGGGUGCGACGACUGCGACAAGCGCUACCAGCGGCGGCGCGACCUGGACGUGCACCGGCAGCGCCACCACGGCGGCGGCCAGCACUCGUGCGCCACCUGCGGCAAGGACUUCGACACGCACGCGUCCAUGAUGCAGCACUCGCGCUACCACACCACCGAGGAGGCCUUCCAGUGCGCCAAGUGCGGCCGGCGCUUCCCGCACCGCAUGAACCUGAGCCGGCACCUGUGCACGCCGGACAUCAAGAAGAACUACCACUGCCGCUCGUGCGGCCUCAGCUUCACCACCAGCGGCAGCCUCAAGUCGCACCGGCGGCGCCUGCACGCCGCCGAGGAGCCGCCGGCCCCGGCCCGGCCUGCCACCAAGAAGGGCGAGAAGCGCCAGGAGGCGGUCCCGCCGUCAACGCCGCCGCCGCUGGAGCAGGUGAUGCUGCCGCCGCCACCGCCGGCGUCACCGACGCAACAGCACUACUUGCAGCCAGAACAACCGACCACCGUCGUGAUGCAGCUCGUGCAGCUCCAACCCCAACACCACCAGGACCACCAGCAACACCAGGCGCUGCAGGACAAGCGACAGCUCGAGACUAUCGCUCUGCAGCCCCAAGGACAUCACUACCAGCACCAGCUUGAGCCGCAGCAACACCAGCUCCACGAGCCUAUAGAACACCGCCAGGUCGUCGAGCCACAGCCGUCAGCAGCGCGCCAGCACCAUCAACUGCACCACCACGAGGAGCACGCGGAUCAGAACGCCGCCGGACAGGACUACUACACGAAGGCGGACAAGAUCUGGGGUUGGGGAACAGGACCCACUGCUGCCACGGUGCCUACCCUGGUAGGCCAAGAGACCAUGCUGACGCUCACAGGGUGCGCGACCUACCAUGACCUGGAGGGCGCGACCCCUCAACCUCAAACCGGCCCCACCAUGCAUCUGCUCCCCGCCCCCGCGGCCCCCCAGCUGCACCAGGCCGUGCUGAGGUACCCCGCCCCGUCGCCACCGGCCACCACCCUGGUGGUCAAGUCAGCGCCGCCCCCGCUCGUAUCGCUCCACUUGAAGGCCGACACGCACCACCCCCACAUGGUGUAUGCGUCGCCUGGCGCCCCCGCCCCCACGGUAAAGCUGGUGUCUGUGAGCCAGCCGCCGCCGCUAACCAGCAUAUCCUCGUCGGCGUCCUCGUCCAACCUGGGCCCCGGCGGUCUCAUCCUGGGCGCGCCCAUCCAGACCACGGCCGACGGCUCGUUCCACCUGGUGUUUGUACCGCACGGGGCCUCUGCGCCAGCCGCACAGGGUAGCAGCAAGUAGAACAUAGUGUAGUGUUAUCAAGAAACACUAGUGCCACGAACAAAUGCCAAAAUUGUCGUUGUUGAUGUUAAACACAUUUGUACCUGACUGUCAAUGUGGUUCUGAAAUUUCAUAGAUUGUUCGAAUAGUGCUUUAAAUGUGAUUUUAGUACUUUAAUUGCCACAAAUAUCUCAGUGAAAAAAUAAAUUAUCUAGAAUAGAAAUGUAA